UUGAUUUCAAAGAACACUGAGUUGAAAGAUUUUAACUUGUCAAAAUUGGCUGAAAUUCAAGUUUUCCUUGGAAUCAAAGCAAGAAAAAAGAUUUAUAGGAUUUACAUUAAUGGUCAUGGAAAUCACCCAGUGUCAGCCAGGGCACACACCCUUCUGCAAGAAAACCUGUUCCGUCAAGCAUUGUGAGCUGAUCGUGUGUCUUGUCACCUGUCCUGACAACAAGCGCAUGAUUAAAGGAUUAGCCAGCUUAAAGCAGUCUCUCUUCCAGGCUCUCCAAGAGGGCUGGAACCCACAUGCUAAUGUCGUAGACCCCUUGAUAGAGUUCCAGACCCCUCUCAUUCACUGGGCCACAGUCUUGGGAAAGGAUUUUGCACUGGAAUGGCUUAUCAAGAUGAAUUUUCGUACCAAUGCUGUUUGCGAUCGAACAGGCGAGAGUGCAGUUCACCGGAUGCUGAAAUGCUUGUACUCAAUCAAGCAGCUAGAUGGUAUGAGUGCACGCGAGAUUUUUACCUUAUUUUCUCAUCUGCUCUCUCUUUUGAUGGGCAGCUGUCCAGACCUGUUAACAAUCCAAGACAACGAAGGCAAUACUCCCUUCCAUACUUGCGCAAAGCUGAUUAUCAGCCAAGAGGGGACCACCUCUGAACUAGAGUAUUUUGAGAACUGUAUGGUUACAAUGUUGAGAAGCCUGACAGGAGAUAAAAGUUCGGCUAAAAGCUCAGACACUUCUUCAGUCUUGAACUAUAAAAAUAAUAAUUCUGAGACAAUACUGCACAUUCUUGCCAGGAGGAACGCUUCUUUUAAUAUAAUGCGUUAUGUGAUCAGGCGAUUUAACCAUGUUCUCGAUAAAAACUGCUUGAAUAAGGAAGGCAAAAGCGCUUUUGAUAUCGCUAUUAACAGCCAGACGUAUUCCGUAGCCAAGGAGCUCGGCUCCACUGACGACCAAGGUGCUGAUCAUUCCGCAACUUCAUUUUCUGUUGACUUACAUAUUGGUGAAUGGGACCCAAGCUUUGGAAGACCUACAAAGAUCCAAACGUCGCGGCCAAGACAGAGAUCGAAAAAACCACACACUCGGUCAGAAAGCAAAUCGACUCAGUCCAGAAAUGAAAGAAUUGUCUGCGAGGAGACAAAUGAAGUUGAGACUCUCGAAGUGGAUUCAUCAGCUUCUUCAACGAGUUCCACAACUGCGUGCAUGGCGAGUGGUGUUGGUGAUGGAAAUAAGCAAACCAGUUCUUCCCCUGAAUUGAUCUUUCAUCAGGAUUCUGACAGUCCGUCAUCCAGGCAUUCUCCAAGCGGCACGGAUCAAAAAAUGGAUGUCAACAUUGCUGGAAUGAUAUCAGUGAAUUUAACCAACGUCGUUGCCAUAGAUACGGAGGAUUUAUCGGUCAAUAGAGUCAAUCAAGAUGUCAUUGGUUCUCCAGGAGGAGGUGAUGGAAGCGAGCAGCUCGAGUUUGAUCAACAUUCGUUGGCUUACAUUUCACAUCAAGUGAGGCAGAGAUCUGAAACACGGCGAAAGUCUACUGGUAGUAAGGAGCGUAGCGAACGCAUCGGGGUAACAACCGCUAGUCUCCGUAGCUCUGCAGAAACAAGAAAAGCGAGUGACCCACAGUUUCAAUCAGUUAGUCCUUCAUGCCAACAUGGUGGCAACAAUGCUUGUUACUGUAGAACAUGUAGUCCACUCAUGAAGCUGAUAAAGGAAGAGGACGAUGUGGUGACACUACUCGAAGCAAGGCUCAAAGACAAACGACAAAAACUGGAAACCUAUCUCCUCGAUUAUACCAAACAAAUGAGAGAAGUGGAGAAAAAAGGGAGUCGAUGUUGUCUGUUGUUGAGCGAAUAUAAAGACGAGCGAGAUGCAAUCAUUGAGGAAGAUCAACUCAAAGAACGAGAAAGAAGAAAGCUUCUACAAAGGCUUGAAGAGCUGGAGAAGUCUAGAAUCGAGCCGAACAAGCGUUUGAAGUUCCUUGACGCCAAGAUUUUAGAAUUAGAAAGUCUGUCAGAACAGUCGCUCAAAACUAUCGAAAUUCGUAAUGAACAUUGUUCCGAGGUGAAAAGAAAACUGACGGAAUAUGACAGUGCCUUGAGUGAAAUCGCCUGUCAAAAUGAAAGCGUGGCCAGUACAAAGCGAAUCAAGGUAGAGCCUUUAGAUGAAUAAAAGGGAACUGGUACAGUGU